AUGUCCCAGAAAUAUGCAGAGGAAAGGGCCGGCAGCCCCCUUGCUCGCCUACAAUACCUUCCCCAUAUCGCCGCCAAGGAAGGAAACGAUGCUGCUCUGUCACUCAUUCUGACCAAGUCCAGAGAGUCCAGCCCUGGUAGAGGAACCUUCUUGAGCUUUCUGAAUCAGAAGGAUGACAACGGUAACACUGCCUUGCACCUUGCCACGGAGAACGGCCACAUCAACGCCAUACACAAACUCCUAUGUGCUGGGGCUGAGGUGGACCACUGCGACGACAAGUAUUACACUGCUCUUCACAUUGCCGCGAGGAAAGGCAAUGUGGAGAUUAUCCAGCUUCUUCUCGAUUUUGGAUCCAGCGCAAGAGCGCGUGAUUCCAAUAUGAGAACGCCCCUUCAUCUGGCCGCGCUCGCCGGCCAUACUGAUGCGGCUUCCUUCCUCAUUGGAAAAGGCAAGGAGGCCGUCGAUAUGGAGGACAUGGACUCUCAAACUCCUUUGUUCUAUGCGGCCAAGAACCAUCAUUUCGACGUGGCUAAAGCGCUGAGAGAUGCCGGCGCCAACGUGAACGCGAGGAAAUACGGCUUGCCGCUCUUGCAUCAGAUGGCGAGCUUCAAUGACGCGGAUGCAAUAGAUGUACUCAUUGAAGUGGGGGCGGACAAGGACCUCGUUGAUUCUAGUCAUCGGUCCGCUCUCUAUGUGGCAGCUCAAGAAGGCUGCCGGAGUGCAUUUGCUUCACUACUUAAGCAUGAGAUUAAGAAGGAAGAUGAUGAUAGUGACAUGGGCUGGGUUCUUCUUCGACGCGCUGUUGAAGAUGCCAGCCUGGAUGCUGUUGAGCUCCUUCUCAAGUCUGAGUUCCGGAAGAAGUACAUCGAAGACGACACAGGGAUGGAGAAUCUCCUCUAUAUCUCGGCAAGAAGAAAUCUUGCCAAGAUUGCUAAGCUUCUCCAGAGCUCUCUCACGCAGCUUAGGGAGCCAGCAGGAAACAGGCUCUGGGAGGUUCUACAUAGAGCCAUUCGAGAUGGCGAUCCAAGUGCGGUGGCUGUCUUAUGCGACAUUGGCAUCGACAAGGAGGCUAGGGACAGUGCAGGUCGGAAUGCUGUCUAUCUUGCCGCUGAGAUGCAUCAUGCAGCGGUCGUCGAAGUCCUGAAGCAGAAGCAGGCGGACCUCGAGGCCCCAGAUGAUGAAGGGGAGACCCUCCUGCAUCGUGCUAUCAGGGAAAGUAAUGCUGUUGCCCUGGAGAUCCUGGUGACCUCGGGUGCGCCCCUUGACUCGGUCGAUAACGAAGGCAAGACGCCGUUGCAUCACGCAGCGAUCAAGGAAUCUCGCGCUGUUGAAGUUCUCGUUGGCGCUAUGGCGAAUGUGAAUAAGGAGGACCAAGAUGGCAGAACCCCUCUUCAUCACGCCGUUGCUCGAGUGGGGUAUGAGGCUUUGAAAAUAGUCGACAUGCUCCUGAGGAAUGGUGGUAGGAUCUUCACUCAGGAUAAGAAAAAGGAAACGCUACUACACACAGCAGCAGCGAGCGGAGACUAUCAUAUUCUGACUUUACUCUUUGAUAGCCGGAAGGUCCAGAAGUAUUACCAGGAGCUCGUGAAUGAGGAGGGCCAAACAGCUCUUCAUGUCGCAGCAAAGCAUGGGAAUCUCGAGGCUGUCCUGGUACUUGUUACUCAAGGACUAAGCACUGAGGCAUUGGACAGUUCUGGUCAGACACCCAUUGAGCUAGCCAUCAAGGGGGGACAUUCCAGAGUCGUCAAUCAACUUCUGGCUCUUGAAAAAUGGUCCGCCAAGGGCAGUGAUCAGGCCCGUCCCUCCUCCUACCUUGCCAUGCUGAGCGGCAAUCGAGAGACAGUUGACUUUGUUAUUAAUUCUAAAGCGCCCGAACUGGAAUCUAUCUAUCUAGAGAGAUUGUAUUUGGCUUCCACCCGGAGAUUUACCCAGCGAGGUUUGAAGGGCCUAGACAUCAACGAAACGCAUCUCUCCUAUGGAGAGGCAACCAACAACGCUUUAAGUUGGGGCCUAUCGCCUAGGUCUAUUCCGUGGAUGAUGAAACUAGGUUUUUAUGACUACGUGGUCUUAUGUGAUGACAGUCAAUCAGUCCAUGACAACGAGCUGGUUGGAACCGUCAAAAAUACAUUGGAUGAAAUUGCUAAGAUCUCAGAGUCAUUCACGGAAUCUCGAAUAACAGUACAAUUCGUUAACGCUGAGAAAUCCUGGCAGAGCAACUCUGGUGAGAGUUUACGGCAGGUAGCUGAUGAAGCGCUACGCACACGGCGUGAAGGUCUUGCUCUAGGCACGCAGUUAGAAGCCAAGAUCGUGAAGCCCAUGGUUCUUGAUAGAAUCGAUUCAGACGCCUUCAAUAAGCCCUUGGUCAUUUUUGUGGUCACCAACGGAAAGCCGGAGAGCGAAGAAGAAGAAGCCAAGUUCUUUGAAGUCAUCACACAAUGCUCUGAUCGCGUUGAAGCAAAAUCUCUCGGAAAGUCGAGUGUCAUAUUUGUUAUGUCGGGGCUGGCUGGCGAGCCUGAGCGUGGAGAGCUUGUCGACGGUAUCAAGAAGCACAAAGGAGCCAAAGACUUGAUAUACUCUGUCACAGAGACCCUCAGUGAGCUGAUGGAGUUUGGGCAAGAGCCUGAGCUAACACAUGGGCCUACCAGAAAGGCAAGUCUUACACUGUUCAUGAAUGUUAUUAUCUACACACUAACUGUUAUGAUCUUUACUGCAGUUAUGUGA